AUGGGUAACUUAAGCUCAUUAUUCGCCACAAAUCCGGCGGAAAUUCUACCGGUAGAGGUGUACCUCAACGAUUUAUCUUGUGAUGCCGUGGAAAAGUUGGUUUUUCUUUCUGAUCUUUGUGUUAAAAACAGUUUUUGCAGCCUCGGAAGCACUCGGUUCAUGAAAGUGGCGCGUGGGCGGACGCACGAGGGCGUCUUUGUGUACAAAGUGUUUGUACGACAGGAUCUGACGUCGUUGGACCCGUGGCCGCAGCGAAUAAUCGACAUUCGGAAAGCAUUGAUGAAGAGUCCCAACUGCUGCCCGAUCAAGAAGGUGCUCGUCAAGCAAAAAUGCGCGGUGAUGCUCAGAGCGUUCCAAAAGCACACGCUUUUCGACCGGAUGAGCACGCGGCCGUUCGUCGUCGACGCCGAGAAGCUUUGGUGAGUUGCUGAUUAGAUUCAAGACGGAAAAGUUGAAAAUACUUACUCUGCAAGUAAUGCUGCAGAAAAAACCCGAGAAAUUCUGUCAAUUUCGAGCAAAAACUCAAUUUUCAGCGAAAAUGGCAUUUUGAGCUGAUUCAUAGGAGUUUUGAGUUAACAGCAAUCUGCACAAACACAGACCAAAGUUUAGUUCAAAAUAACUGAAUUUUGAAUUUCAGGUACAUAUUUCUGCUGUUCAAAGCGCUCUCUCAGUGCGAGACGGCGGGCGUGUGCCACGGAGAUCUCAAAUCGCAAAACGUGCUCAUCUCGUCGUCGAAUUGGCUCCAAAUAACCGAUUUCGCCCCCUUCAAACCGUGUUUUCUGACGCAGGACAAUCCGUCGUGGUUCACCUACUUUUUCGAUACGAGUCGGCGGCAGAGCUGCUAUAUUGCACCCGAACGCUUCAUUUCCGCCGCCGAGUACAAUGAAAAGUAUCAGGAGAAAGGAGACGAAUGGCUUUUCGGUACGCAGCACCUUUUAUUUCGAAAGAAACGAAGUUUUCCCAAAGUUCAGGAUCUCUUACGCCGCGAAUGGACAUUUUCUCGGCCGGCUGCAUCGUUUUCGAGCUGCUCGCCGACCGUCCGCCGUUCACCUAUAGCUCCCUUUGCGAGUAUCGAUCGAUGAACGAUGGCGACGCGGCCAACAUGUUGCAGAGGUGAAAAUUCGGAACAUUUUGUCACUUGUCCAAUUUUCCGCCAUCAUGCCAACGUUUUCAGGCUGACCAACGACGUUCCGCCGCAAUACCGUCCGCUGCUCCGCCUCCUGCUCAACCGCGAUCCGACGUUCCGAAUCUCUGCGAACGCAGUGCUGACGGGCGCGGCGCUCUCGUUCCCGCGCAUCCUCGAGUCGUUCCUCUUCCGAUACCUCGACCGAUUCCGUCCCCUCUACGGCGCGUCGACGUCUCCGUCCGAGACCUCCGACGACUUCUCGCAGGCGCUGGAGUUCUCCUACCUGGAACCGGAUGACGUCGUCGCGAAACUAAAGCGCGAGAAGACGUUGUGGUGGGAGCAGUUGGCGGAGACAGAAGAAACCAAGUCGUUCGCCUUCUUGUUCGUCUCGCUCAUCACUGCAAAUCUUCGCGCGUUACGGACGAUUCAGGCGAAGACGGACGCGAUCGGAAUGCUCGUCGAACUGUCGACGCUGAGCGAUUCCAGUGUUGCCAUUGAUCGCAUUCUCCCGUAUUUUGUACACUGUUGGCUGGAUCCGGAAACUCAGGUUGGUGAAAACAGCCGGAUUUCCAAUGCAAGUACAAAUGAACGCUGCUUUGACAAAUACUGUAACGCAAUGCCGAACAAUUUUCUCAUUUUUCAGAUCCGUGCAACCGCCGUGACUGCCGCCGCCCAACUUCUGGCUCCAAUUCAGCCGAAGACGUACGAAGAGUCGCUGGUAUUUGUCGAUUACCUCUUUCCUCAGAUUGUAAGACAGACCCCCUUCACUUUCCCUCUACUUCCACUCAUUCCCGAAUUCUUCAGAAUGUGAUGUCGAACGAUUCGGUCGACUGUCCGCAGCACGUCCUCUUCGCAAUUGCCACGUCGCUCGGUCAGUUCGCCGACACGGCCUACCGCUUCUAUCUGGCGGGACGGGAGAUUCGCUCGGCAGCGCCGUUCGACGAGGAAGUGGCGGCGAGCGGGGAGCAGCAGCAGAACGACGACGCGCACGCACUCCUGCACGGAGUCUCGGCCAUCUUCUCGGCGCUGUGCAGCAAGGAGCCGAUGGUGAAGAGGUGUCUUGUGGAGAGCAAGUCCCUCACCCUUCUCUACCAGUUUUUCAACAAGAUUGGAAGUGAGUUUGACGAUCUUCGACUGGUUUUGUAAAUUGUGUACAAUUCUCUCUAGUUCUCCCUCAUCCAUGGAACGUUGUUUUGGACACACUUGGAAAAGAUUGUGUGAUGUCUCUAGUUUCUUGAAUACAGAGGUCUACAAAACCAUCCAUUGAUUUGUCCGUAUUUUCCACCACCAAUUUCCAGACGACGACACGCUUCUCCGCUUCCUUUGCACAUUUCUGAACGCCAAAACGGAAUGGCGUCUCCGCGCCGCGUUCUUCGAUUCGCUGCCACUUUGUGUGCAGAAACGGAGCGAAGGGAUGGUUCCGUUGCUUCAAUUAGUAAGAAUGAUAAGCGGAAAUUGCCGCCGAACGGGCACUUUUGCAGGGCCUACAAGAUUGCGAGGAGCACGUGGUCGUGCGGGCGCUCGGCUGCAUUCAUAUUCUGAUUGGGAACGAGAAUUUGGAUAGGAUGUCGGUCAAGGAGCUUCUCGGCGACGUUUUGCCGUUUUUGGUGCAUCCGGUAGGGAUUUGUGUUCAAACUUCUUCCCCACAAUCCUAUUUCAGAACGAAUGGAUCCGGUCGGCCGUGUGCGACAUCCUCCUGGCGAUCGAUUCGCGAUGGCAUCGGGCCGAAGUGCACGUGAAACUGAUGCCGAUGGUGGCGUCGUACGUGGACGAGACGAAGCGGAAGAUUGUGACGUUGAAGAGCAAACCGGUGCUAAUAAAUCAGCUCGUCGACCCGAUUCCACGCACCAUCUUCAACCAGAUUCUAGAGCUCAAUUUGGAGAACACGAAACAGUUGACGACACUUUUAGGUACACACACACAUAUUCAGCGAACAUUUUGCCGGCCCCGGCUUUUCGACCACUUGCAAUAAUGGUUGGAUCCAAUCGGAAUAUUGCAACUGAUAAAACCUGGGCCGGCCGUUUGCCCAGCUCUGUUUGGAGUAGUUACCUGAAAAGUUUGAGAUCUGAAGAUUUAUUGAUUUUGACUUUAAGCCCUCAAGCUUUGGUUUUUGCGAAAACUGAGAGCUUCAGUAUACUCCCAGAAACAAUCCAAAAACGCCCCGAUUCGCACUCAAUGAAAAGUGUUCAGAAAUCCAUUUGGAAACGAAGAAGCCGUUCGAGGCGCAAGCCGGCUGGUUCAACACGAUCUUUCCGAAAGUGAAGACGGACACGGCGAAACUCGGAUCGGUCGUGGAGCACAACGAUGUGCAGGCGGCGAUCGACGCGCGGAAGCGGCUGAUCGCGGCUGUCUACGCGUUCAGACAUCUUUUCGAGCGGAUGGCAGAGACUAGGAAUACGUAAGUUUGGAAAUGAAAGGAGUUUGCAUCGAGCAGCUUCACGGCUUUCUGGUGACGUUUCGUUUUCGAUCCUAUCUUUUGUGCAUGCCUCUCUAUCGCUUAGCAUGCAAACAUUUUUGAUUUCAGUGCAGGAAUGGAGACGUACCUGACGCGACAGCUCGGCACAAUCGACCUCUCGUCGAAGGCGCAUUUCAGCCGUGUCCGCCGUAAGGAGCACACUUAUAUUGGAGAAGAAGCUAACGCUUCAGGGCCCAAUCGUUUGCGAUCAACGUGGCGAAGCACGCGAACGAACGCCGCGACACGAUCAUGCUGAGCGGCGGAGAGGUCGUUGUCGAAGAGGAGAGAACCGUCACCAAUGCGCCGAAUCCUUGUGAGCACAACUGGCAUAGUAUCAAACCAUAAUACUUUCUACAGAUACCCAGAAAAGCUCGAAGUUUGACAAUGAAGUCAACGCGAUGCUCGACCAUCUCACGGAUUUGUACAUGAAAAAUGUGCACUCGCGAGCGAAACGCUCUCCGUUGACCGCUUCGGCGAGCGUCGGGACCGGACUUUCCGCGGCCACGGCCACCGGAUCCAGUUCGUCGUUGACGACGGCCAGUCAGAGUCAGACGAUCAAAGGAACGAUUAUAACGCAUUUGCACGAGCACUCGAAACAGGUUACAAAGUAAGGAGCGCACACGGGAAAUCAGGAGAAGAAAAGUCUGAAUUGCAGAAUUUUCCGCUUUUUCUAAGGCCUUACUGUGGAAGUCCUUUCGGAAAGACUCGAUAAUUCAUUUAGACUCAGGUGGCACUAUUUUGCAACUUAUGUACUGUAUCACUGAAAUUUUUUUCGGAAUUUUCCAAAGUAUUUCCAAAAGUACCAAAGUUACGAAACAAAACUGAAAUUGACCAAGUUAAACAAAAAUUCCAUUUCCAGACUCGCCGCCAACCAGGACGGCGAGAUGUUCGUGAGUGGAUCGGCGGACGGAAGCGUCAAAAUCUGGAAGACGCGCUCGAUUCUCGGCGAAGGAUACGGCUCGGCGCGUUCGGAAUUCACGUGGCACCCGUCGGAGUCGCGACGCGAACACGUGCACGCGGUCGGAUGGAACGAUCAGUACGUGUGCGCGGCGACGAACGACGGCGUGAUCCGUUGGGCGGACGUGGGCGGCGGCGCGGCGCGAGUGGUCACGCAGGUGCGGAUCCCCGAGCUCGAGGGACCGCCCGUCUUUGUGCACACGAACGGACCCGUGUGCAUUGUGCGAACACAUCAUGGAGCACUUUAUGGAUUGGAUUUGAGGUGAGCAUCUCAAAAAACGUGGAAUUUUCACAAAUUCAUCAAUGUUUUCCAGAGUCGGCGCCUCGGAAGGUCCGCUGAAACGGCACGACGUGUGGCGCAAGAAGUUCCAGGAGACGCACGGAAUGAUCACGACGUCGGCGAUCGACCCGUGGCAGCAGGCGUGGAUGGUGAUUGGAAACAACUCGAACUCGAAGAACCUCAUUCUCUACGACCUCCGAUUCCGCGAAGAGGUGCUCCGCUGGGAGGCGCCGCACGUCCAACUCAAGCCCUUCAACGUGUGGCCGAAUCCGGUGUCGCGCGUCGAAGCGCCCGAAGUCUACGUGGGAUUCAGUGCGCACGGAGAGGUCGGCGCCUACGAACUGGGCGUCGGACAGCCCGUCCGCAAGAGGGUCUUCUGGACCGGCGGCACGCCCGUUUUGAGCUAUAACACGCAGGUAAGCUCGUGCAGAAACAUUGAAAAUGCAAAGUUUUUCACAUCGCCAUCGAUUCUCCGACGUUUCUCGACAAUUGCUGUGCAAUUUUCGAAUAAAUUCUGUCAUUGCAACUCCAUCCUUCACAAUUCCAGAACGCGGACCUCCGUCAGCAGGAAUCGCUGGUAACGAAGGCGCUAUGCGUGUGCGAGAAGACGGGCGUCGUGUACACGGGUGACACGCGUGGAGCCAUCCGAAAAUGGAAUCCGCACAAGGCGGCCGGCUGUGAGAUAUUGUCGGCGCCGCCGAAAGGACGGUCCGCCUACCGGAUCAUCUUCGAGGACAUGGUCGAGCAGGGAAGCGCGGCCGCCGGAGGAGGAGGCACCGACACACUGGUCAUCUACGAGCGGAGUGUCAUGAACACGGACGCGAAGGAGAACCGGAAGGUGGUCCCGCUUGACGCGAAGGUAUAUUUUUAUCUGUUUUUGGUCCCAUGUCUAACGGUCCCCUGUCCUGCAGCCAUCCACGUACCACCGUACCCCAAUCACGGACAUGAUGCUGCUCACUCCCGAUCUCCUCGUCUCUUCCGGAUACGAUGGCGUCAUCAAAAUUUGGAAAUAA